AUGGACGGCCAGGGCAUGCCGGGCGGCUCCAGCCCUGCCCGGAGCAGGAGCGCGGCGGUGAGACCGUCCCGGCUCCCCUGCGGCUUCCCCCGGGGGGCCAGCGGCCUCUUGCCGCCGGCGCCAGGGGUCCUGUCUCCGGUCACCAACCUGACCCUCAAUCUGAACAACCUGGCCGGGCUGGGAAGUCCAUAUGACACCCCAAAGAGGAAGAAGCUGGGGAUCGGCUUCAAGAGCGAAUGGUCUCCGCUGUCGCAGGACUCCGUCUCGUCUGAGUCGUCGCAGGACUCCGGGUGGUCCGAGUCUUUGGAUUCAGGAGUUGGGCUGGAUUCCCCUGGACAGCUGGACCCAGAACCCUUUGAAGAAGUCUUCGAGAAAGCAAUUCUGGAAUCGGGAAGAGUUGUCAAAGGCAAAAGAUUCCCCGUCCGGAGGAUCCACUCCCUGCCGGAGAGGCUCCUGGGCACCAGCCCUGCCCUGAAAAACAUUUCCAACGCCCAGGAGUUCAGCAGCCCGGAGACCCACGAACGGCCCUCGCGCCGGAAAGAGAACAAGGAGAAUGCAGGGUUUGUAUUUAAGAUCCCGCUGAGGCCCACCAAUCACAGCCGGCUUCACCCCUUCGAUGGGAGCAGCGAGAAGGACCCUUUUGCACAGAGACCAAACUCCGCUCCGGACCUCUUGUGUGGCACCCCCGAGAAGGAGAACAUGGGGGUGGAAGCCGAGAGCCCAGUGUUCCUACGCCGCUCCUCCCUCACCUCCUUCGUGACUGACGAAGAGGACGAUGGGUUUAUGGAGAUCCUGGACGAGGAGGAGCUGAAGAACGACGCGGACGUGCCGCCGGGGAUGGAGAACCUGCUGACUGCCCCACUGGUGAAAAAGGAAGGCGCUGAUCUGAGGUCGGUGAGACACAGCAAAUGUCGCCAGCUCUUCAGGUCCCCCUCCAUGCCCAGCAGCGUGAUCCGGCCCAUCCUGAAGCGGCUGGACAGGCCGCAGGACAAAGACACUCCGGUCAAAACCAAGAGGCGGAAGAGCGUAGCUGGCACCCCGAUCGAGGAGAAGGCGGAGGAGCCGAAAUCUAGGCUGUUGCGCUCCAGGUCCUUCUGCCAUGAUGAGAUCGAGAACAUCUUGGAUAACGAUCACCGAGAACUCAUCGGAGACUUCUCAAAGGCUUAUCUUCUACAGACUGUGGAAGGGAGACAUCAGGACUUGAAAUACAUCUCCCCAGAAAUGAUGGUGGCCGUGCUGAACGGCCAGUUCAACAGCCUCAUUGAGAACUGUGUGAUCGUGGACUGCCGGUAUCCCUACGAAUAUGAAGGGGGUCACAUCAAGGGGGCUGUGAACCUGCCGCUGGAGCAGGACAUUGAGGACUUCCUGCUGAGGAACCCCAUCGUCCCGUUGGACGUGCAGAAGAGGGUGAUCGUGAUAUUCCACUGUGAAUUUUCUUCGGAGAGGGGUCCCAGAAUGUGCCGGUUUGUCAGGGAAAAAGAUCGGGCACGCAAUGAGUACCCCAACCUGCACUAUCCCGAACUGUACAUCUUGAAAGGAGGAUACAAAGAAUUCUUCCCGCAGUACCAAGCACAUUGUGAACCUCGGGACUAUCGUCCCAUGCAUCACGAGGACUUCAAGGAGGACCUGCGGAAGUUCCGCCAGAAGAGCCGCACGUGGGCAGGAGAGAAGAGCAAGCGGGAGCUAUACAGCCGCCUCAAGAACUUCUAA